AUGGGGAAAGAGGCUGCCUGCUGCUGCUGUGUUCGUGCAGGCAGGGAGGGGCUCGGCUGGGGCUGUGGCCGGCCGCGGAGGCUCGCAGCAGCGCUCCCGCUCCUCGCCCAAGCGGCAGCAGCGGUGGCUGCUGGUGAUGGCCGGUCGGAGCGAGCAGGCAGUGGCGGCGGUCGUCGUGCACGCACGCGAGCAGGGGCGCGGGACAGGGCGGCGCAGGGCCACGGGCCAGGGCGGCGGCGUGGGAACGGGGCCGGGACGCGGGACGGUGCCGUGGUGACUCCGGGUAGCCGGAGACGAAGGAGAAGACCGCGUCCAUGGUGA